AUGGCGGGCCGUCUCAAAAAUGCCAUCAAGAAGAGGGCAUCACGUCUUUUCCAUGGAGCGGACACUUCCGAGGGUUCAGAAUCGCACUCAACAAGCAACAAGAACAGCUUAGCUGAAUCGAGUCGGAACUCUCAGCCUCGACAUCGAAAAUCUCUCAGUCUACUGAGCAGAAGUUCAAAGACUGAGAAACAUAACGGCCCUGAAGCUUCACAGGCACAGCCUACGGUUAAACUCCAGAACACAGGCGACUUUCUAGCUCAUCCGGCAAUUCAACCGUUGAAAGCAGAUCCAACGCCUAGAACGCCCAAACUAGAACGGCCUCGCCCCAGUCUAGAGCCGGAUGCCACUGGCUGGUGUGAGGGUGAGACUGCUGAAGAUGCAUCCUAUCGUAAAUCUCAGCGGUAUUCGACAGAGCCAAAAUACUCCCAGGACACUACAUACCAGACAGUCAGGCCAAACCAAGCAGAGAAUACAGAUGAACUUGAAACGAUGUUGUCUGGGCUGACCGUUUCUCCAAACGAAUCGACACUUCCUGAGAUAGAUAUCGACCCUUUAACACCGUUCGACCUCGUCGACGAAACCAGCCCUACUCAGGCAAGGCUCUCACAACUGGCAAUUGGUGAAGAAAGACCCAAAUAUGCAGCGACUCACAUCAAGCCCUUAUCCCAAGAAUCAGACGUCAACCUUGAGUCAAACUCAAGUCAAGAAGGCAAUAUUCGCCAGAACCUGGAGGCUAUUCACCCUAGAGACGCCGAGUUUGACCGUAUCAACGAGGAAGUCCGUGCCGGUACCAACAGCGAGACCAACUUUCACCUCCAGAACAGCCUUGACUUUGACAGAACGGUUCACUAUCAAGAGACUGUCGUGCAUGAGCAUAUUAGGCCUCAUGUUCAUACAAUUUACGAGCCCAAGCGUACACGAUCCAUCCACUACCAUGAACAUCGAACCUUGAUCCAGCCGAUCAAAGAUCCCAAUCCAACGAUUCUUCCAGAGCAGCAUUGGCUUCAGGAUGACAAGAGUGGGGAAAUUUAUAGAAUUCCCGAUGAGUUGGGAAAGAAGUUGAUGUAG